AUGUCUUGGUUUCCAACUAAUCUAGAUAAUAGCCCGUGCUCUCUAACGGGUUCUCCCGCGGAUUGCUCACCAUCAGUUUUUGCAUUCAUAUAUUUUCUACUCGAAUCUCUGGGGACUUCCCAUGAUGCUAAAUUUAGCAAUUCAAAAAAGUUCGACUCUAACGAUGAAUACGAUUUAAUUAUUGUUGGUGCUGGAAGUGCUGGAUGCGUCGUUGCGAACCGUUUGAGUGAAAUCGAAAAUUGGAAGGUUUUGUUGCUAGAAGCUGGAGAUGAAGAACCAGUUAUUGCUGACAUACCAGCAAUGUCGUUGCUUAUGAUCAAGAGUACUCUUGAUUACGACUAUCUGACCCAACCACAUGAUACAAUGUGCAAAGCAAACAAGCAGAAAUCGUUCAACUGGCCGCGUGGAAAAGUUAUGGGAGGCACCAGCUCGAUUAAUGGCAUGGUUUACCUUCGCGGAAACGAAUUGGAUUACGACCAUUGGGAAGAUUUAGGAAAUUCUGGUUGGAGCUGGAUGAACGUGUUACCCUAUUUUCUAAAAUCGGAAGAUGCAAGACACCCUGCUAUUUAUUCGGACAAUCCUCAUAUGCACGGAAAGAACGGUUAUUUAAAAAUCGACCGCUUACCUCACGAAGAUAAGAAUUCCGAUAUCAUCUUGGACGCUUGGAAAGAAUUAGGUCUUGAAGAAAUCGAUUUUAAUUCCAAACAACGUGUCGGUGUUUCCAGAAUGCAAUAUACCAGUCAGCACGGAGUUCACCUAAGUUCAAACGGAGCUUUCAUUAGGCCAAUUCGUGCUAAAAGACCUAAUCUCACUAUCAAGUCAAAUUCUCAAGCCACGAAAAUUAUUAUCGACCCGACAACUAAGCGUGCGAUAGGUGUGGAAUAUUUAUCAAAAGACAAGACAGUGAAGAAAGCAUUUGCUAGGAAAGAAGUCAUUGUUUCAGCAGGUGCAAUCGAAUCUCCCAAGCUAUUAAUGCUCUCUGGAGUUGGACCAAAGGAUGAUCUUGUGGACGCAAACAUCGAGGUCAUACAAGAUCUGCCAGUUGGUCAGACUCUUCAUAAUCACGUCGGAAUGUUAGCUCUAGCAUUUAAUCUGAAUAAGUCAGCAUCGACAAUGACGGAUUUGGAAAGUAUCCAAGACGACAUCGUUUACUGGAUGAGUACUCACGAAGGCCCUGUCUCAUCCAAUGGUGUACUAGACACUAUGUCGUUGCUUCAAACUUCUUACGAAAAACUGCCUGGUGUUCCUGACAUUCAAAUUACUGCUUCUGGAUUUGUCUCGGGUGAAAAUAGUAACUUUCCGUAUAUUCCUAAGGCGUAUUAUAACGGAAUAACGAUGUUCAUGACAUUAUUAAAAGCAAAUGGAACAGGUAGUCUGAAGUUGAAUAAAGACGAUCCUCGUUUGGGACAGCCGGUUAUCAAUUCAAAUUACUUGAAUAUACCGGAAAACAUUGAGAGAUUGGUCGAAGGAUUGAUGAUUGCGAGGAAAUUCACUGAAAGCAGAAUUUUAAAGGACAAUGGAUUUGAAGAAGCUAAGGAACCUUUAAGUGGAUGCGAGGCUUUCGACUACGACAGUGCAGAGUACAUAGAGUGUGUGGCUAAAUGCUAUUCAAUAGUAUCUGAUCAUCCUUCUGGAACUUGUAAAAUGGGUCCAAAAAGCGAUCCCUCUGCUGUAGUAGACCCAAGAUUGAGGGUAUACGGAGUCGAUGGUCUGAGAGUAAUUGAUGCUUCGGUUAUCCCUGCUAUACCCAGAGGAAGUUUAAAUGCACCUACUAUCAUGAUUGGAGAAAAGGGCAGCGACUUGAUAAAGGAAGAAUGGCUCCACAAUUCAUUGUAA